AUGGACCAGAGCAGAAACAAAGCCGACGCAGUCCUCCGAGCUCAUUCUCUGCUUCACGAAUGGGUUCUUCAACAUGGCGGCCGUCUCGAUGAACGCACACAAUUUGCUCGCGAUGAUCAGCGCGGGGUACACAUCCAGGUCAAGCCAGACCAGUCUGCCAACCUGCCUCGCAAAACAUGUGUCAUCAAACUGCCGCUGGCGCUGACCAUGUCUUAUUUUGACGCUAUUGACUAUCGUCUACCUGGUAAUGAUGAGGCGUCGUUUUCAAGUCAUGGCGUUGUCUUUCCGAAGCCGUUUAUGACGAGUAUCGGGUCUGAAGAGACGACGGCGUUUUUCCUGAUGGGCCAGUAUCUCAAAGCUGAAAAUGGCUUUUGGUAUCCGUAUAUACGCUCUCUGCCGCGUCCGGAUGAGUUGACGACCCCGUUGUUCUAUUCGGAUGACGACCUGGCGUGGUUGAACAUGACCAGUCUUGCUGCGGCGCGAGAGCAGAGGCUGCAGAUAUGGAGGACCAAUUACGAAAAGGGCGUUGCCUGUUUGAGAGAGUUUCAGUUUGAAGGUGUAGAUGCUUAUUCUUGGGAGUUGUAUCUGUGGGCAUCCACCAUCAUCUCCUCGCGCGCGUUUACUGCCAAAGUGCUAGCAGGUGUCAUUCCAAUGGACCAGCUCGCCGAAGACAAAAUAUCCGUUCUUCUCCCCAUGGUUGACGCAACCAACCACCGGCCCCUGGCCAAAGUCGAGUGGCAGGCUGGCACCGAUAGCAUCGGGCUCGCGGUGAUGGAAGACGUCACGCCUGGAAGUGAGAUAGGAAACAAUUACGGGCCUCGGAAUAAUGAGCAAUUGAUGAUGAAUUAUGGCUUUUGCAUCCCUAAUAACCCCUUUGAAUACCGCACAAUCAACCUCCGUGCUCCUCCAGGCAGUCCCCUUGCCCAGGUAAAAGCUCAAUAUGAGCAGCAUUUCUCGAAAGCUUCAAGCAACACAGACUCGGAAGACAAGUACUACGUCUUUUCCAUCAACUAUCACCACACCAACAAUGCCGCCUCUCAGCAACCAUUGGAGUACUCCGUCUUUUCUCCCGAUCUACUCAAUACACUGUCCAUUAUAACCGCCAAUGACCGAGAAUUAGAGGCCAUCGAAAUGGACGAAAACGGGUUUCGAAUCCCCGUGGAGAAAUACGGAAACUCCAGGAAUUUUGUUGCCGCGCUAAACCAGAUUGUGAUUGAGCUGUUGUCGUAUGUUCAAAGACUACAGGCAUCGGUGACUCAGCUUGGAGAGCCGAGGAAUUUACAUCAAGCCUAUGCAAAGCAAUACAGGGAGAGCCAGAUUCGGCUCUCGCAAGCUGCUGCGUUUAUCGCGAAUUGGGUCAUCUCACGCUCGCGGAGUAGUGAUGCUAGUAGCGAGAGCGAUGCAGAGGGCUGUGAGAAGCUUCUCGCACGUGUUCCGAGCAAUGUGUUUGACACGAACACGGCAGAGAAAAUCAAGACAAAGAUCCUUGCGCAGACAUCGCUUCUUCCAGAGGGAAAUAGACGCGGCGAGCUUUUCCUGUUUCAGGAGCUCUUUCACCUCUUACCUACUGAUAUGAGUGAUCUCUGUCGAGAAUGUCUGGGGCAAAUUUCCACCCAGGCUAGACGCGUCGUUGUGAUUAGCGAUGAUAUGGGAGGGGGGCAAAAAGACGGAGGAAAUAGCGGUCCACACGGUCUCUUUGACUACUCGCUAUUCAUAUGCUUCCUUGUUGCAGCCUACCGACAAAACCCAUCCCGAAUCUCUCCUCGUCUGCGUUCGUGGUGCGAGUUCUUACUUACGAGAUACACUGCUCCGCCCAAUGAUGUAUCCUGGACGCUCCCCGAUGAAGACGACGAGGCCAUUCUUUCUGCGUUUGAUUCACUGAUCGAUGAUCAUACUCCGGCUGAAAACUUUACUCCCGUGGCAUCCAUUGUAGGCGCGACGCCAGCUACCGGUGAGCGAGCAGUCAACGAUUGGUGGCUCUCCCCGAAUUGGAUACGCUGGGCGUGGCUUGUGCUGGAGCAGGAGAUGGUCAGGAAUGUGGUGGAUGAGCCUUUGGAGUACAUCAUAUAUGGAGCAGAGAAGGGGAUGAAGACGAUCAAUUUGUUUAAGCCGACGCGAGGAUCCCGGCAGCAAUCGCUGGAACUGCAACUCCCUCCGCCCGGCGAUAUCUUCUCACCACCCCGUCCCCUCGCUCCAUUGGGCGUCCAGUUCAAGAUGUUGUCUCGAGCGGCGGUCCCUUCGGCCUCCUCCCUCGCCCAAAUCUCGUCGCGGGCGCUUCCUUCGACUUCCGCCGCCGUUCGCCUGUCGACCCCGGCACAGACGACCCGAUCCUUUGCUACUGUCCAGGACGGCUCUACCCCAAAAAAGCAACAUGGUGGCCUUGCAGACCAGGACCGUAUCUUCACCAACCUCUACAGCCACCAUGGCGCUGACUUGAAGUCGGCAAUGAAGUACGGUGACUGGCACAGGACGAAGGACAUUGUUCUCAAGGGCCAUGACUGGCUUAUUUCCGAAAUCAAGGCCUCUGGUCUCCGUGGUCGUGGUGGUGCUGGUUUCCCAUCUGGAUUGAAAUACUCGUUCAUGAACUUUAAGGACUGGGACAAGGAUAACCGACCCCGCUACUUGGUCGUCAACGCUGAUGAAGGCGAACCUGGAACGUGCAAAGACCGAGAAAUCAUGCGCAAGGAUCCCCAGAAGCUCAUCGAGGGUUGUCUGGUUGUCGGACGUGCCAUGAAUGCUACUGCCGCUUACAUCUACAUCCGUGGUGAAUUUUACCAUGAAGCCACUAUUCUCCAGCGCGGUAUCCAAGAGGCCUACCAGGCUGGUUUGAUCGGCAAGAACGCUUGUGGAACUGGCUAUGACUUUGAUGUCUACCUUCACCGUGGUGCCGGUGCCUACGUUUGCGGAGAGGAAACAUCGCUGAUUGAAUCUCUCGAAGGCAAGGCCGGAAAGCCUCGUCUCAAGCCUCCUUUCCCUGCUGCUGUCGGUCUGUUUGGCUGCCCUAGUACUGUCACCAACGUUGAAACCGUCGCUGUCGUGCCUACCAUUGUUCGACGUGGUCCUAGCUGGUUUGCUGGAUUCGGUCGGGAACGUAACCAGGGAACCAAGCUCUUCUGUAUCUCCGGUCAUGUCAACAACCCUUGCACUGUCGAAGAAGAAAUGUCCAUUCCUCUGCGCGAACUGAUCGACCGCCACUGCGGUGGUGUCCGUGGCGGCUGGGAUAACCUGUUGGCCGUCAUCCCCGGUGGUUCUUCCACUCCCAUUCUGCCCAAGGCUGUGUGCGAUGACCAAUUGAUGGACUUUGAUGCUCUCAAGGACUCCCAGAGUGGUCUUGGAACUGCAGCCGUCAUCGUCAUGGACAAGUCUACCGAUGUUGUCCGCGCCAUCUCUCGUUUGUCGCACUUCUACCGCCACGAGAGUUGCGGUCAGUGCACGCCUUGCCGUGAAGGCAGCAAGUGGACGCAGCAGAUCAUGUCUCGUAUGGAGAAGGGUCAAGCUCGCGAGCGUGAGAUUGAUAUGCUCCAAGAAUUGACCAAGCAAGUCGAAGGCCACACCAUUUGCGCCCUUGGAGAGGCUUUUGCAUGGCCCAUCCAGGGUUUGAUCCGACACUUCCGCCCGGAGCUCGAGGCUCGCAUCAAGCAGUACGAACAGGAGAAUGGCAAGCAGCCUUUUGCAGGAGGCUGGGCCCCGGGGACGCGCAAUGAGGGCAAGCUGAUUGCCCCAGGCCAAUAG